AUGAAAGGCGUCUUCGGCCUUGCUCUCCUCCCGCUGCUGGCAGCUGCGUCACCCGUGGUCGUCGACUCCAUCCACAAUGGAGCUGCUCCUAUCCUGUCUUCCAUGAACUCCAAGGAGGUCCCUGACUCAUAUAUCGUCGUGUUCAAGAAGCACGUCAACUCUGAGUCGGCUUCCUCUCACCACAGCUGGGUGCAGGACAUCCAUGACUUUCAGGGCGGUCGAGCGGAGCUCAAGAAGCGUUCGCUGUUUGGGUUCGACAACGAUGCUUUCCUUGGCCUGAAGCACACCUUCGCCAUUCCUGGGUCCUUGAUGGGCUAUGCUGGACACUUCCACGAGGACGUGAUCGAGCAAGUCCGCAGACACCCUGAUGUCGAGUAUGUCGAGAAGGACUCCGAAGUCCACACAAUGGAAAAUGCCUCCGUCGAGAAGAGCGCUCCUUGGGGUCUGGCCCGUAUCUCUCACCGAGACAGCCUUUCUUUCUCCACCUUUAACAAGUACUUGUAUGCCGAGGCUGGUGGCGAGGGUGUCGAUGUCUACACCAUCGACACUGGUAUCAACAUUGACCACGUCGACUUCGAAGGCCGUGCUACUUGGGGAAAGACCAUCCCUAACAAUGACUAUGACGAAGAUAACAAUGGACACGGAACUCACUGCUCUGGAACCAUUGCUGGCAAGAAGUACGGUGUCGCCAAGAAGGCCAAUCUCUAUGCCGUCAAGGUCCUCGGAUCCAGUGGCUCUGGUACCAUGUCUGAUGUUAUCAAGGGUGUUGAGUGGGCUGCCCAGUCUCACAACAAGAAGGUCGAGGCUGCUAAGAGCGGCAAAUCCAAGAAGUUCAAGGGCAGUGUCGCCAACAUGAGUCUUGGCGGUGGCAAGUCUCCUACUCUUGACCUGGCUGUCAAUGCUGCCGUUGAUGCUGGCCUCCACUUCGCUGUGGCUGCUGGUAACGACAACGCUGAUGCCUGCAACUACUCUCCCGCCUCGGCUGAGAACGCCGUGACCGUUGGUGCCUCAACCCUCGGUGAUGAGCGUGCUUACUUCUCCAACUACGGAAAGUGCACUGACAUCUUCGCUCCCGGUCUCAACAUCCUUUCGACCUGGACCGGCAGCAAGCACGCCGUCAACACUAUCUCCGGAACCUCGAUGGCCUCUCCCCACAUUGCUGGUCUGUUGGCUUACUACGUUUCUCUCUACCCUGCCCAGGACUCUGCCUUCUCUGUUGGCGAGAUUACCCCAAAGAAGCUCAAGGAGGCCAUCAUUGCUGUGUCUACCGAGGGUGCUCUUACUGAUAUCCCCAGUGACACUCCUAACCUCCUUGCCUGGAACGGUGGUGGCUCUGACGACUACGACAGCAUCAUUAAGAAGGGUGGUUACAAGGCGGCCGGCUCCAAGACUGCCUCUUCCAAGGACCGUGUUGACGAGCUCGUCAACAAGGCCGAGAAGCUGGUUACUGAAGAGCUUGGUGCUAUCUACAGUGAGAUCAUGGAUGCCGUUGUGGCAUAA